UUUAGUAUGUUUGAGUGUAAAAUCAAUGAUUCUUCCAACCAACCUUUUCUCCACUCGGUUCUAACUUGAAAAAUCAAAACAAAGGGAAAGAAACAGAAGAUAUGAAGGGUCGAUCUUCCAAGCACGAAACAAAAGACAGAAUGGAAAUUGAUCAAAUUAGUAACCUCAAAGAAGAGCCUCAUCUAUCCGGUGCUUAUAUCCGUAACCUUGUUAAACAACUCAACACUUCCAGAACCAAAAACCACCCCGACUACGGUUUCGAUGGCCGGAGCUCGGCCAAAUUCGGUGAAGGUUUUACUGAGACACCGCCACAGACUACCCAGCAACAACCCCCACCACCACCACCUCAACAACAUAAGAAGCAGGUGAGGAGGAGACUUCACACCAACUGGCCUUACCAAGAAAGGCUGCUUAAUAUGGCUGAGGCCAGGAGAGAAAUUGCCACUGCACUCAAGUUCCAUAGAGCUUCCAUGAAACAUGCAAAUGAUCAACAGAACCAACAACAGCAGCUGCAGCAAGAGCAGCAAUUGUUGUCCCAUACUACCUCUCAUCUUUCUUCUCCACCACCACCUUCUGAACAAGAACCAAAGACAAAGUGUAGGAGAAAUCCUAGGAUAUACCCAUCAAUCACCCCAAACAACUUGUCUAGUUAUAAUUUAGACAGUUUUUCAUCUUUCUCUCAACAUUACCCUCCGCCUACGCCUGCUCCUGCAAAUCCAUAUUCUUGGCCUUGUUUUUCAUCUCCCACGGAUGCUAUCAACUUCACUCUGCCAAGCCAAACCUUAGGCCUAAACCUUAACUUUCAAGAUUUCAACACCAUAGACACCAGACUUUACCAUAACAACAACAACGCAUCAAUCUAUUCAAUAUCAUCUCCGUCGUCUUCGUCGUCGCCGACUCUGUCGGUUGUAACCGAAGAAGUUCCUUUGGUUGCACUAUCAUCACAUGAAGUGGGGGCUGAUUUAACUAAAUCCUACGGAGGGGGAGGGCUGCAUCAAGCUAUGGAUGACGAGGAAAUGGCGGAGAUCAGAUCGUUAGGAGAGCAGCACCAGAUGAAGUGGGAUGACACCGUGAAUCUGGUAACAUCAGCAUGGUGGUUCAAGUACUUGAAGACUAUGGAACUGGGGGCACCCGAAGUGAAAGCUGAGGAGGCGGAUGGGUAUCGACCAUUUGAUCAAGUGAUGGAGUUCCCUGCCUGGUUGAAUGCAAAUGACGCCUGCUUGCAACACCAUUUCACUGAUAUUUGCCCUGAUGAUUACUACUUCCAGGAUCCUGCCUUACCUUGCAUGGACAUUGGAGAAAUUGAAGGAAUGGAUGGGGAAUGGCUAUCUUAACUAGGAUUGAUUGUGUUUUUUUUAAUUAAUCAAACCUUUGGGUCCCUUUUGUUUUCAUUUUUUAAGUCCCUUUCCC